AUGGAGGACACGAACAAAAAGAGUAGUGGCGUUGGCCUGGACGUGACACCAUGGCCUAAAAGUUCAAUCGAAGCGAUGCCUCCCUCCGCUGAUCUUCCUUUAGGCACUAGUACUUCUUCCUUUCAAGUCUGGAAAAGACCCUUCCUCCAUGGCGACAAUGGUUCUGGCAGCAGCAGCAGCCGGACGACCAAGAUUUAUUUCCGGCCACUUGAUCAACCCAACUCGCAGCCGGCGUCGACGGGUGGUGGUGUUAACAAAAAGACCCAGAACCCAUCUCCUAAUUCCUCCGAAGACGGCGAAAGUAACUCUAUCAAAGCUGAGACUGUGAGCAAUGUCAGGCCCAAAUGGUGUCGAAACAUAGAUCCAGACGAGGAUCCUAAAAAGCUCAAACGGAUUAUGUCAAACCGACUUUCUGCACAGAAAUCUAGAACGAAGAAGCUUCAGUACGUGACUGAGAUGGAAAGGAAGGUGAAAGCUUUAGAGGCUCAAAUAUCAGUACUAUCUCCUCAAGUUGCACUUUAUAAAAACCACCAACGUUUCUUACAACUGGAGCAAAAAAGUUUGAGCCAGCAGAUGUCGGCUUACACCAACAACAAAAUCCUCAGAGACGCCGAAAUUGAAGAGAAGAAAGCGGAAGUGAGCAGGCUGAGGCGACUUCAUUUGAGCCAACAGCAGCAGAUGCAGGCGCAGAAAAGAAUGCUUAGUUGGGAAACUGGGAAUCCAAACAUGAUGGGUUAUUUGAACUCAAAUCAAGCCCAGAUUAGUAGAGAGAACCCACCACAAGUGCAUAGGCCGAGCCAACUAAAUUUGACACAACAAGAAGCACAACAAAAGCAAGGACAGGCGUGGAUGCCAAGUUGGGAACUUGCACUAGGGCAGAUGGUGAACCCGAGCUUAAAUCAAUCUGGGCCGUCGACACAGCAGAAAGCAACGAACAUUAACUCAAACCAGGGUGGGAUAGACAAGAUGCAGAGCUACAACUCCUCGAACCCAGCUGAUACAGCUCCCAAUUGCUUCGUAUGA